AUGGAGAACCAAAAAGUUUCUCAUCGUCCAACCAUAUGCUACAGACAUAUGCAACCUUCUGAUUUGGAGGCGUUAGAGCGAAUCCAUGCUGAUAUAUUUCCUAUCAGGUAUGAGUCAGAGUUUUUCCAAAGUGUUGUCAAUGAACGUGAUAUUGUUUCCUGGGCUGCAGUUGACCGCAGCCGACCUAAUGGUCAGAGUGAUGAACUUAUUGGAUUUGUUACCGCGCGGAUUGUACUGGCAAAAGAAACGGAGAUAGGAGAUUUGCUCAGAUAUGACCCCUCGAAACCAGAUCAAACAUUAGUUUAUAUCCUGACACUUGGAGUAGUAGAAACUUACAGAAAUCUUGGUAUAGCAAGGUCUCUUAUUUGUCAGGUCAUUAAAUAUGCUUCAAGGAUUCCAACAUGCCGUGCAGUUUACCUGCAUGUGAUUUCUUACAACAUUCCUGCCAUUCAUUUGUACAAAAAAAUGUCAUUCAAGUGUAUACGAAGGUUGCAAGGUUUUUAUCUAAUCAAUGGCCAGCAUUAUGAUUCAUUCUUGUUUGUUUACUACGUAAAUGGUGGUCGUUCCCCUUGCUCACCUUUAGAGCUUCUUAUAGCUGUGGUGAGUUACAUGACGAGUGGUGUUAAGUCAGUAGCUGCGAGGCUAAGGAAAAUUGAAGACAAGUCACCAAAAUGGCCGAAAUGUAAAGAAACCCACUCUCUUAUAUCAAUGCAAACGAAGAGAAACCUCACAACUGAAUGCACUGGUUAUGAAUGUGUGAUACGUGCUGGUACAUCUGUGAUCAAGUCUUGUGUGAAUGCCUGGUUGUUGACUGUCGAAUGCCUGGUUGUUGACUGUCGAUGUAAUAAGUCAUUUUGCGUCUUUGAUAUGUAUAAAUUGCUUUGGAGGAGCUUGUUUUUUCAGUUGGAAAGUGGGGGAGGACAGGCAACUAACAAUCUGUAUCCAUGCAUGCACACUGGCCAUAAAUUUGAAGUUAGAUAUAUGGUGACCAAUGGAAGAGAAAGGCAGAAAAUCUUGGCAAUGACGUCAUCUCUCCCAAGUCGCCCUCUUGUUGUUUCUCUCUGCUUGCUCCUCCUCCUCUUCCCUGUGUGUCUUGGCAUCGAUACCGCUUCCAUAACCUACCAUGGAGGCCCCCUCCUGACAGGAAACCUAAACCUAACUCUUAUUUGGUACGGUCAGUUUGGGCGUGUCCAUAAGAAUGUCAUCAGGACCUUCGUUGAAUCCUUACAUUACAAUGCAGGAGCCAACUUACAACCUCAAGUCUCAUCAUGGUGGAAUGUCAUUGAGAGCUACCAGGAGGUUGCCAGGAAGGGAAGUAGCCCUAUCAACGUAAAAGUUGUGAAGCAAGUGACCGAUCCAAAAUAUUCUGCAGGAAAAGUUGCUACAAGCGAGUUUAUUCAGCAAGUUUUGCAGAAGGCGACUGGGGGACGCUCUGACACCAUCCCUGUUAUUUUUACUUCCAAAGACGUUCAAAUGCAGGGGCUGUGCUUCACGAAAUGCUCGCAGCAUGGAACUUUUGGUGAUGAGCAGCCAUAUAUUGUGGUUGGCAACCCACAAAAUGAAUGUCCAGGGGCUUGUGCAUGGCCAUUCCAAAAGCCAGACAAAGGGCCUCUAUCUAUAACAUUGAACCCACCAAAUGGCAAUUUGGGUGCAGAUGCCAUGGUUAUUGCCUUUGCAAGAGCGUUAGUUGAAGCUGUGACCAAUCCAUAUAAGACUGGAUUUUUUCAGGACAACAGUAAUAAUGCCAACAAAACUAUUGAGGCUGCAUCAGCUUGUUGGGGCAUCUUCGGAAGUGGAGCAUUGGAUGGCUUUGCCGGAAAAGUUCUUGUCGAUCCGAACACGGGUGGAGGCUUCAAUGGCCAUGGAUCAAGGGGUAGGAAAUUUUUGAUCCCUGCUGUUUGGAACCCUAAAACAAAAUCAUGCUGGACCUUACUUUAG